UUGGUGGCGGAUUGUUGGACAUCCAAACGUGCUUCCGCGCUGGUAUCACCGUCGCGUGGAAAAAAUUCUAAUUGUCAGGCAUUAAAAAAUAGUAAGACACAGUUUAAACUCCGUAGAUAUGGCAGCCCGUAGUUAUGGGGCCUGUUUUCUUUGUCAGAAGGUCUUUGUUGUGAAGAAGAUGUUCAGGAGAAUGAGCGCAGCUGCACACUUACAGUCUCAGGUGGAUUUCCUCAAAGGUGAACUACACAGGAAGCACCCAGGGGUGACCAACCUGAAAACUGUGCACCUUCCUGUGGAGCUGCAGGCAGCUGCACAGUCCAUUAUUGCUGGAGCAGAGUUGCCCCGGCUGACUGACCGCGCUCAGAGUCUAACAAACUUCCUGUGGAGCAGAAAACGGGCGGUCGAGGAUUCAGCACUCAGGAAGAAAGCUGUGAGCCUGGAGAAAGAGUUUUGGGAGAAGGCCAUAGAGAAGAGAGGAGAUUUAGAUGAACAAGCAAUGGAAGACCGAGUCAGGAGGAAAGUGAUUUCAGAGCUCAAGAGGACCACAUACCACUGGACUCCAAUCAAGUUCGAUGAAGAGAUGGGUGUUGUGUACAUGGCAGCCCGACUAGCUGGAGGUUAUGCAGCAGUAAAGAGAGCUUUAAAUGAGAUAAAGAAGAAGGAUCCCUCUUUUGCUCCACAGUCUCUGCUCGACUUUGGUUCAGGGCUUGGAACAGUUGUUUGGGCGUCACAUUCAUGCUGGGGCGACACAUUAAAGGAGAUGGUGUGUGUGGACGGCUCUGGACCCAUGAACAUCCUCGCUGAAAGACUUCUCAAAGGUGAUAAUGAAAACGCUGAACCUCACAUCAAACACGUAUAUUUCAGACAGUUCCUGCCGGUCUCUCCCAAGGUGCAGUUCGACCUGGUGACUGCAGCGUUCACUCUGUCAGAGCUGAAGAACAAGACAGACAGAGAAGAGGCCGUCAUGACUCUGUGGAGGAAAACAAGCUCGUAUCUGGUGCUUGUGGAAAAUGGGACCAAAGAGGGUCAUCAGAUGCUUAUGGAGGCCAGGGACUCUUUAUUGAAGAAACAAGACAAGGUCGCCCACGACACCCGACCGGCUUCAGUGUUUGCUCCGUGUCCUCAUGAAUUGAUGUGCCCUAAACUGGCUGGAGAACCCAUCACACCCUGCAACUUCCAGCAAUUAUACCAAUCUCUGCCUCUGGCUGGGCGUACUGACCAGCUGAGGGAGAAGUUCAGCUUCGUGAUUUUGUCUCGUACUGAGCCAGUGAGGUCAGAAACUGAAGGUGUAGACUGGGCCAGACUGAUCGCACCAGUGCAGCGCAGAACAAGACACGUGCACUGUCGAAUGUGCUGCCCUGAUGGAAAACUACAACACCUGGUGGUGACGGCACGGAAACACAGCAGAGACGUGUACCGCUGUGCUCGGAUCAGCGACUGGGGAGAUCAAGUUCCAAUCAUUCAGAAAUCUGAUGAAGACACCCAGACUGAUUCAGAAUGAUGAUUCGCCACCAAAGAGGAAAUAGACUCGCUCUUUAGACUGUUGACAUGAUGGGAACAUGAAAUCAGACUGCUGUUCAAGGACUCAUCAAUUUUAGUUCAAAAGAACAUUCUCCUUUCCUUACUGGACUCCUUUAUGAACUGAUUACUUCAAUAAAAAAACACAUCAUGCCUUA